AAAAAAACUUAUUUUCAAGUAUGUUUUGAAGCAUUUAUUCAUAGCGCCUGUUUUCAAACACCGUAGUUUAACUUUUGUCCGCUACACAUCUUUCGGCGCUGUUUGUCUAGUCAAAAUUUCUGUUUCUUUGUCUGGAUAUCGGCGUUUUUUCCUAUUUUUUUACUUUCAUAUUCGAGUUUGCACGUAAAAUCCUCUGUCUUUAGAUUAGCCGAACACGAGGAAAUCGAAUUGAUAGUGUCGAGAUUGAAAUUUUUUGAUAUAACCUCUAAAGACGCAGUCCCCAUAAUCAGCUGUAUUUGAUUAUCAUCGUAAAAUAUGUUUAUGGGCAUCUAAUUUUGGAAUAAAUUCGCAUUCUUACGUAUUGUCAACGUUCCAGUAGGGUGCAGAAAGUUCGUUCGUACCUAGAUUUAGCAUAAUGUACUCUUGUUACUGUCUCAACAUCCUUAUUGAAACCCUUCCUGAUGAUUGUAGGGGUGUCUCUGCAGACUCCUUAAAGCUGAGCCCCGAGGAACGAGAAGAUAGUUUUUUCCAACAGGAUUUAAAACAAGUAAGAACAUUGCAAAAAGUGUAUAAGACCCAUCCAGAUUUAGUGUUGACCAAAGAUGUUGGGAAAUGGGUUAUCAAUUGUUGCGCCAAUUGUGUAUGUGAGACUUAUGCUGUUCACAAUGAGAAGGGACCUGAUAGUGUACUGAUAUUUGCCAACCUCAGGGAUACAAAUUCAAUAGAAAGAGCUAAAAGACAGGAUCCCGACUAUUCUAAGGUGUUCAAAAUCAUCAUUAGUCAUAGUGCUGUUAGAGCAAACAGUAGGGUUUUGUAUUCAUACCCUCAAUGUAAUCCUGAGGCAGCCAUGAGUAAUCUUAAAGAUUAUUUGUUAGAAUAUAUGAAAAGAGAAACAAUUGCUGUAGAACAAAGGAUAAAGCAGUUUGCAGAUGAGGAAUAUGAAAAAUUUAAUGAUCUUAAAACAGCUGCUCUCAGGGAACAGGGAUUCUUGAACCUAUUUAUUCAUGAGAUGUCCCAGCAACAAAAGAGUGAGCUUCAGCGCAAGGCAAUUAUAGAUGCUGUGAAAAAAGCUGAUGAAAUGCUUUCUGUCGACGUAUGUUCGCCUGAGUAUGGAAUGAAGAUCAACAGUAAGAGACAUAGUCCGAAACGUCAGAAAAGUAGCCCAGCUGCGCCUGCAAGUUACGAUGCUGAAGCGAUAUUUGAAAUGGAAGGUAGUGAAGAUAAUAGAUCCGUUUCUGGUACAGACGUGGAAGAAAGUGAUCGUGAAGAUACGACUGAAGGUGCUAUCAUGAUGCCAGUGAGGCAGUCGGUGCCUAAGCAUAGUAUAGCAAAAUCGUUACCAAUGGAUAUACCGGCGUUCCUUACACAAAACAAAUGUCAUGUGGAAGAUGAAUUUGACGAUCUGCCACGUCAGGAGAACGUGAACAUAGCAGAGAGCAUAAAAGCCUUGGCGCAAAGCGUUCAUGGCGACGCCGUAUUCGGUGAGCUACCGAGACCUAGACUGAGCAACCAGCUCUAGCUCAGGGAAGGAGAAGUACAUCUAUAGCUCUUCCACAUAUACACACACAUAGAAUAGGCGCACCUCCUCUUGAGCAGGGAUCAGUCUUUAAUCUGGUACCAGAAACAAAGAUUACAUAUUGAAAGGAGUAUUGAAGAUAUUCACGUGAGAUGAGCGUUUCAAAAUCAAAUCGUCACGGUCAGAUUAGUGUUUCUAGAUUGAAAAUAAAGCCAAAUAUGAGCACAUGGAAUAUUUUCUAGUCCAGUCUGUCUAUGAAAUUAUUUUAGUUUUGGAAAUCUACAUUGACUAUUGUAUAUUAUAUGAUUGCUGUUUAUCUAAGCACUUAUAAGGUAACUCUUUUUUAACGAAUGUUUCAUCAAGUUUGUCGUGUCACAUUUGACCAGUCUUACAAUUUUUUUAGUGUUACCAAAUUGACUUCUUGGAGACAAAAUAAGUAAUGAUAGCCUUAUUUGUAGCAUAUUUCUGUCUUCAGAUGGGAUUCGAAACAUCGUGAUUUAAUUCCUUACACACGUCACCUACUUCAAGGUCAAGCGAAUAUUUCCAAACAGAAGCCCCCCUUUUCACAUCUGCACGGGUACUAUUCGUCAUCUGUUUUUCUGGGCGGUCCGUAGGACCUUUGUCCAUUAGUCACUGUCUAAUGUACGUUAGUCGAAUCUGUCAGUCCUCGUUGCCCAAACACUGACGACGAAAAAGAGAAAGGUAAAGAUUAAAAAAAAAUGAGAAGAGCAAAGAAAGACACGUGUAUUAGUUUUUAGAGGAAACACCUACCCUUUUUGACUUGGUACACGGAUUGAUUUUGAGGUGAAUUAAAAACAAAUUUGGGUUCAGGUUUUGUACAGUGUAAUUUUGAGUUUACUACAAGUUCGCGCUAAUUUUUGAUCACAGUGCGAGUUGAGGUCAUGAAUUUUUACGAACUUGCUCCACUGUGUAGUCCACUGAGUCACGUAACAGAGUGUUGCUAUUCGAUUCCGCUUGACUAUAAAGCGGGAAUUACAUUACGAAACUAGUGGUAUGAAACUAGUGUCAUGACAUUAAUUUCACCAACAUUUCAUGUGCAAGUAGUUUCGUAGUGUCGUGAAAUCGACAGUAUCGCUGUGAUCAUGGCGCCGUCAGCAUCGAAGCUGUAUUUUGCAGUUCAAGAUGUUGUCAUACAGAUGUUGAUAUAUAAACUGAAAAAGAGGAUGGCUCGAAAGAAAAAGCGUUGGUGGGUUAGAGGAUGGGUAGCAAGGAGACAUCUGGGUGCAGUACAGUUAAUUUCCGAAUUAGCAGAUGAAGAUCCUGAGAGCUAUACAAACUAUUUUCGAAUGAGUGAAGAUUGCUUCAACUUUUUAUUGGAUAAAGUAUCUGACAAAAUCACUAAGCAGGAUACGACAUGUCGAGCAGCAUUGACACCAAAAAUAAAACUUCAAAUUACGCUGCGAUUUCUAGCAACUGGGAAUAGUUUGAAGUCAUUGUCAUACGAAUUUAGAGUGGCACCAUGUAGUAUAUCAAAAUUUC